AUGAGUUAUGAACGUCACGGUCGUGGAGGUGGAUACCGUAAUAAACGGAACCACUAUCGAGACAGAGAUGAUUAUGAUGACCGCCGACGUGAUUAUGAGUCUCCAGACGACAAACUCAAAACAGCAAUUAUCAAAUUGGGCGAAGUUGAUCCUAUAGAAGAACUUCCGCGGUUAGAACAACAAAUUCGUGAUCAUGUUCCCCGCAACAUUCCCAUUCUCUCAGAGGCAUUUCGAAUAGGAGUUACAGAACAACCAUAUAAGAUUCCUUUCUAUGCUGCACUUUUGCGUCUGCUUCAUAACCCAACAGAACUUUCAAUUCCUGGUGAAUCACCGCUUGGUCGACUUGUUUUGGAGGAUUUCUGGAAAGGCUUUCAAGCUUACCUCGACAAAGUGGAGUGGAGAGAGACGCGUCUUUGCAUUCAUUUCUUUGCCCAUUUGACUGUGGCCAGGCUGAUUUCUACUGAUUCUAUGUUUGCUCUUCUUAGGUCAUUUACAUCUGUGUUGGAUGAGUUCGGCGUAUCCCAUGGACGAGCUAAACGGGCGGCUUUAUGUGCCGGAGAGGGACUACUAUUGGCCGGUCCUGUCCUCAAAGCGGCCUCCCCUGCCAUUACCGAUGAGAUAAUCACAGCAAUCCAAACAUAUGCAGACUCUACUGCACAAGAAAAAUGGCUGGUAUCGCCUUCUACUAGAAUAUCCAACCAGAUGAUGCCGAGUGACGGCACAGUUGAACUCCUCGAUAUUCUUUUAAGUUCGUUGGUAACGUUAAACGCGACCGACUUCAAAGAUACAGAAAACUGUGUUCCUCAGCCAUAUAAAAAUAAUGAAGAAAUUGACUCAACGGUCUUGACGCCUUAUGUCCUGCCCGCUGUUUUGGUUCCUCCUGAAGUCAUUGAAAUCGACUCAAUGUCAACCGAGUCUGGUGAAGAAUCUCAAGUUAAAAAAGAUGAAUGGCCCGAGUUCUUCAUUCGUCUAUUCCCCGACGACGUUUCUCCGGAUCCCAAGAGCCCUCCGGGAUACAUUGUUCGUACAGCGUUAUUAGACAUAAUCGAUAUCUUCGAAGUCAACCGUAAGGAAUGCGCAAGGCUUUUGCUGGAAUAUCCCAAAUGGAAUCUCCCUGGGACUUUCAAACCAAAACCAGGUGCCCCCGUCGAGUCAGAGCCUACGCCUGGCAAAGAUUGGCAGCUCGAGAGUACCAUCAUCGAGACAGUUCUUGGUGCAUACUUGAUUCUGCCGGAAUCAUCCAAAAAGUCGAUCUACUACAUUGCUCUCAUUACAGAAUUAUGCAAACUUUCGCCUUCAACAGUUGGUCCCGCAGUAGGAAAAUCGAUUCGUAAGCUGUAUAACUCUCUUUCGGAUGGCCUUGAUGUUGAGGCUGCGAGACGAUUUGCUGAGUGGUUUGCUGUUCAUAUGAGCAAUUUCGGAUUUUCAUGGGUGUGGAAGGAGUGGGUUCCUGACCUAUCUCUACCCGUCCAACAUCCGCGCCGUGCGUUCAUGCGCAGGGCAGUUGAAUUUGAGGUUCGUUUGGCAUACCAUGACCGCAUUCUGAAGACGCUUCCGCCAUCAAUGCAAUCGCCUGAUGCGUACACUAUUCCGGAGCAAGCUCCGUCACCUGCAUUCGAAUACGAUGACCCUACCAAUGCACAUCAUGAUGCUGCAGUUGCAGUAUUGAACCUCUUCCGUGGUCGAGCGAAAGUGGAAGAUGUCAUCAGCCACCUCGACUCGCUCAAGAGUACACUCGAAACAUCAGAAGACGGACACAUAAACGUGGACUCCGUUGUUCGAAGUAUUGUCGUCCAGUCACUUUUACAUAUCGGCUCGCGCUCGUUUUCACAUUUCCUCAACGCGAUUGAGCGUUAUCUCCCUCUGCUACGCAACCUCGCGAGCGGCGGUAUUUCCGGCUCUGGUGGGAGUGGAAAUCCUGAAGCCAAGGCGGAUGUGCUCACGGCUGCUGCCUCAUUCUGGAAACACAACAGACAGAUGGUCGCAAUUGUGUUUGACAAGCUCAUGCAAUACCAAAUAGUCGACCCUACAGACGUCGUUGGGUGGACAUUCCUUAACGGUGUUGCUGUUGGUCAGCUGGCUGAAUUAGCUGGGCCAAUGAAUCUUAGUGCGUUUGAGUGGGAUUUGCUCAAAGGCGCGUUAGAUAAGGCCAAUGGCCGAGUGACGAUUGCGAAGAGGAAAGUGGCAGCAUUGAGAAAGGAGGAUGAUGACGCUCGGGCUCGAUCCAAAGCUAGGGCUGAUGAGACUAUGGAGGUUGAUGCUGAACCGAAAGAAUCGGCAGAGGAUGCGGUGCCAGCGGUACCAGAGAAAGAGGUUCCUCAGGUGGAAAAUCCUGCGAUAACAACUGCAUUGAAAGCCUUUUCUAGCCUUACAAAAGAACAGAAAGCAGCCCUUUCACGUACCCUCGAAGGCUUUGUUUCAUGCCUUGCUCCAUCACCUACUGACACCAACGCGAACCCUCACGCUCGUACUGUCAUUACCGAAGCUGCCUGGGAGAACCGAGGGAACUGGGGUCGGGAUGAGUGGAAUGCGUGGGAAACGUGGGGAUGGUAUCGCCAAUUCUGCAGAGCGUAUGCACCUUACUUGCGAACAUAUUCGAACACUCUCUACGCAGUAUCGUUCUCCCGAUUUGAGCAUGCGAAGGAUCCAGCUGCGGACUUGCUCAAGCUAGUGUGGAACAUUGCUACCGGCCAAGAACCAUGA